AAACGCUUCCAUAGUCCCAUAAAGUUAAGUCAGAGGCGAUUAUUAUCUGGAACUUAAAAUGGUGUCCAUUAAGACUUUUUUGAAUAUUCAUAGAGGAGAAAUCUUUGUAGCUGCAACAAUGGGGAUAGUUUUAAUAAUUGUAAUAAGGAAAAGGCAGAAGAAUCGAAUAAAAAAGGCGUACCCGUCUAACACCAUCAUUCACCACCAGAUCGGCCGAGGACCUUAUGCUCCAAGUAUAACGCCGUUUGCAGUGAAGCUGGAGACCUACUUACGGAUGGCAAAAGUCCCAUAUUUGAAUGAAAAUGAUAGUGUGACCAACAGAAGUUCUAAAGGGAAAUUGACCUGGAUAGAAUACAAUGGGCAAGAAGUAGCAGACUCGGAAUUCUGUAUCCAGUUUAUAAACAAAACAUUCAACAUUGAUCUGGAUAAAAACUUUUCUGAUGAGGAAAUCGGGGCAGGUAGAGCAAUCCAAAGGAUGGUGGAUGAACACUUACACUGGACAGUUGCUUUACAACGAUGGGUUUAUGACCCCAAGCACGGAAUUGAUGUCAGAAAAUUUCUGAAUAUUCCAUGGCCAAUGUUCUAUAUGGUUGGAAACUUGGUGAAGAAGCAGAGCUACGCACAGGGAGUAGGAAGACACAGCGAGGAAGAGGUGCUGCAAGUGAUGGAUGAAGAUCUUAUGGCCUUGUCAAAGUUUUUGGGUAUGAAAAAGUUCAUGUUGGGUGAACAAGCCAGUCAGACUGAUUGUGCCGUGUUUGGAAUGUUAUCUCAGAUUCACUGGCAUAGCUUUGGAGGUACAGGAGAGACGUUGUACAAAAAAUAUCCCAAUUUGAGCGCAUACUGUGAACGGAUGAAGGCAAAGUUUUGGCCUGACUGGAACGAAUGUAUAACCGAAGGUUGGACGAGAACAGCUUCUAAAUAAUUAUGACCUGUGAAAAAUGCAUUAGAACACUUAGAGCUACAGUGGUUGGCCAUAAAUGAGUUCGCAAAAUAGCCGACGUUUACGUAGGUCUCGUCAUCAGCUGAAUUUUUUGGACCAAUUAUUUAUAACACUAAGUAAAAAUGACUUAACAGACAUAUAUGUUACUGUGUAUUAUAUCCUUGGGAGUGAAUUAAUCAUAGAAUUUUCCAGGUUUAGCGAUGUACAGGCUUUGUAUUGAAUAAAACGGGAGACUACUCGAAAUGUAAACAACAACUCUUCCUAGGUCACAAAAAAUUCGGGUUUCAUUUUUUGACCUUUGUACUUGUGUAAUCAAUAUAUUUCCUAUGGUUUAAUGAUAUUAAUGUCUGAACGUUAUGUAUGCCCAAAAUUGCGUUGAUAUUGUGUUCCUUUACGAUUUAAUUGGACAUAGAAUUCGUGUUAUCUUUUUUUGGACAAACUAUCGGCGAUUUGUAAAGUGCCGAACAACGACCGAUGAGAAGCAGUCUGAUUACGGUUUUAUUCAACACCAUAGACUCUGAUCUUGCAGUAAAUCAAGCUUUUCAGUUCUUAAAAGCAUAUUUUCUGUUAGUUUUUGGGGCUCUAAAACGGCAUUCGGUCAUCUAGCGGUGCCCUUUUUUCAACAACUUUUACUUCGAGUUACAAUUUUAGCCUUAUUCCGAUCUUUAGUAUUUAAAACUUUACCUCACAGUUUUUGCUGUAUAUUCCGAUCAUCCUUCCAGUUUAAGACAUUAAAAUAUCCAACAUCUGACAUCUGUAUGACGAUUUGUUUCUGCCUUCCCCUAUUUUUUCUCCGCUUGGGCGCCAUGUCGGUUUGCAGACGAUAAUUGUUUAACAAAGGGAGAUAACUCAAAAAAUAACAUCGGCAAAAACAGUAAAAAAUUUGGAGAAUCACCGGACGAUUUUUUGAUUCUGGUUAUCGUAGAAAAUAGGCUUUAUUUUCUUUUUUAAAUCUACCUUACAGAAAAAAGUAUGUUACGGCGGCCAUUUUGCGAACUCAUUUAUGGCACGCGACUGUAUAUAUUGCUUUAUGUAGGAACGGGUUAAAAUUUUGAUAUAUUUUUUCAAACAAAUAUAAAUAAAACCCGAGUGGAAGUUCAAGUCCAGACUAAACCUUGAAAUAGAACAAAGUUGAAGUUGUGUUUCUUGUUUCACUUAAGUUAAACUUGGUUUAAACAAGUAUCAUCAUUACAUUAUCAAUUUAUUUUAGCGUGAUUUCCCCCAAAAAGUUAGCUGCACAAAAAUAUUUCCCAGUACCAACCUCUCGCUGAUUGGUCGAUUGGUUUGUGUCUUUAUGUAGGGUGUAGAAUCAUAAAAGUAUUGAUAAAAAAAACCAAAUUAUAUUAAAACAGAAUAUAGGAUUUUUUCUCAAACUUUAUAACUGCAAAAAACGGUACUUGAAUGAUAAAUAAAAAAAAUAUACAUUGGA